AUGAAUAAAUGUUUAAAUUUUAAUAAAAUUUCGAGAUUCACAAUAAAACAAGGUGAGAAAUAACUAUCAUUCUGUUGAAAAUGUCGCAAAUUCAGUUCCUUUUCCUUCUUUUCUUUCCUUUUCGUCCUGUUCUUGCAUGAAACAAAACUUUUUUUCGAAAAAAAAAUAUUAACUAACAUUUCAUCGUUUUACUUUCAAUCAAUCUUUCGCUUUUGCUUCAACAAUUUUUGCAGCCACUUCAAAGCCGAAAUUCACAUUGUCGCCUGAUGAUUUGAUUGCGAUAAAGGGUCAAAAAUGCAAGAUUUUGGCAGAAUUUGAAGCGCAUCCUGAUGUUGCAGAAAUUCAUUGGUUCAAAAAUAAAAAGGAAAUAUUCUCGGGAAAACGACAAUGGAUUGAAUCGACACCGACAAGCACAUCUUUGACUGUUGGAGAAGUGAGAGAAGAUGAUGAAGGUUAGCUAAUUUGGAUUGGAAAGUUAUAGAGAAAAAAAUAAAAUAAAAAAUGUGACGUGACAUUUUGACGCAUUUUUUUUCAUUUUCAAUUUCAUAAGUAUUCUAAACCGUUGAGAAAAUUCAGUAUUUAGGAGGAUUUUAAAGGUCGGUUAAAGGUUUAUUGAAUUUUUUUGAAAACCCGAAUUUACCAAGAACCAAAUUUUUUUUCAAACUUUUUUGAACCCUUGUUCAAAAAAACAACAAGCAACCGGAUAGCCAUCAUUAUUCCAUCACAUUUCUAGGUGACUACAAAAUCGUCAUCAAAAAUGAAGCUGGAAGCAGCGAACACACUUGUAAACUAACAAUGGACCAACUUCCUGAAAUCAAUCGAGUCGAAAGAUAUUCCUCAACUCUCGUUUUUGACAAAGGAGAAACUGUCAAACUUCGUCUAUCAUUCUCAGGUCAGUUAUUGUUAAUCAUUUAUUUUUUUCAUCAUCGGGUAAAAAUCUUAAAAUGGGAUUGGUUGAUAUGUGUGCCAUGGAUCUAG